ACCCAGCCACGUAUCGCAUUAGACGAUCCAAAGCGUUCAGUCCAUGACUUAGCAACGGAUCACGAAAGCCCUAACCGGUCAACUCACUCUUGUUGGCAACUGCCAUCUUCACGGAUGGGGACCGCGGGACGAGACAAACCAAUGAUUAGUGCCCCUGACAGGGGUGGUUGUGUCACACAGCCAAUGGCGCUCUUGUUUCAAAGCGUUCAUAUUCACUGCUUCCGUCUUAUUGUUAUCGGUGAUAGUAUGGUUGGAAAGUCAUCGUUCUUGCGUACAUUCGUUGAAGGGAAUUUCAGCAAUGUAUGCGACCCCACUGUUGGUGUGGACUUCUAUUCACGCAUCGUGCGUAUCCGAAAUGACAAAUAUGUCAAACUGCAACUGUGGGACACCGCCGGUCAGGAGAAAUUCAGAUCAAUCGCGAAGUCAUAUUAUCGAAAUUGUGUGGGUGUAUUCGUAUUAUUUGAUCUAACCGAUCGGGAGACUUACGAACACGUUCCGAGUUGGUUUGAGGAGGCUCUCUCUUCGAUUCGGUGCCUGACGCCCGUUGUCAUGAUUGUCGGUCAUAAGUCUGACAAACAGAGUGAUCGUCAGAUCAUUCACUCCAUUUCUCUCACUUUCUAUGAACAGGUCACCAAAGUGGAGGCUGCGUGUUUAGCUGAACGUCUUGGCGACCUGGUCUAUAUGGAAACAUCGUCCGUCACGGGACAAAAUAUUGAAAAGUCUUUCGAAAUCAUGGCAGAAACUGUGUAUAACAAUAUGCUGCGGGGAGACUACCAACAAUUGACUUCUACUGGCGACUGGGAUGGAGUGAAGGUUAGUCACAAUGCCGCUUUGGCUGCCUCGAUAGCCCAGCAGUCGUUAUUACAACAGUAUCCGGAUGCAGAAACCUCGCGAGGGUGCUGCUGAGCGCCGACGAUGAUAAUGAUGGUGAUGGCAGAUUCAGGACACUUGUCUCAUUUCUUCAUGUAUGACAUACCUGUCCUUUCGACACACACGCUACACCAAAACGGCUGCAUCGUAUGCUCCAACCUCGAAAAAUAUUUUCUCGUCAGUUAUUUUUUAUCCUCUUCUAUGCAUUCGUAACCCCCGUCUACUUGCCCUAAACACGUGAUUUCCCCUGGGCCGUCUCCUUCUCACGCUACAUGCUGUCCAAUUUGUUCCAUAUAUGUUUUCAUUUUUGGGAAUAAGGUAUGUGAUAUUACUGCGAA